AUGGCGUCCAAGAAAGGGUCCGCCUACGGCGACGGCAAGGCGUCCGACACGUCCUUUCGGAAGGACUGGGACCUGGACGAAUACGCAGCGAAAGCCAAGGAGCGCGAAGCCGCCGAGAAAGAGGAGUCCAAGGCACGAUAUGAAGCCAAGAUCGCGGGGAAGAAAUACUAUAAGCCGGCGACGGGCGACGAAGUCAUGACAUCGGCACGGUCGCGCGUCACCGACUUCUCGGCGCAGGUGGGCAAGAUGCAGCUGGUGCCGGGCGGCUCAGGCGUGGGCAAGCGCGGCAAGGGCGCCGGCUUCUACUGCGAGGCCUGCGACCUCACAUUCAAGGACAAUCACCAGUGGCUCGAGCACAUCAACUCGAUACAGCAUCUCCACGCCAUCGGGGAGACAGGCGAGGUGCGGCAGGCGAGCGCCGCCGACGUGCACGAGCGCAUCGAGAGGCUCUGGCAGAUGAAGCAGGAGCAGAAGUUGGCCGCCACGACGAGUCUCAAGGACCGGAUCGCGAUACAAGAGGAGGAAGACGAGAAAGAGCGCGAGGCCAAGCGCCUCAAGCGGCGAGGAAUUGCCGAGAAAAGACGCUUGGAGCUGGAGAAGUCCAAAGACGUCAAGAUGGAGUACGGAGAGGACGUAAGGAUCGAGGGCGAGCACGAUGAAGAUGACAUGAUGGCCAUGAUGGGGUUCGCAGGUGGCUUUGGAUCGUCGAAGAAGUAA